GGCGCGGCGGGACCGGAGCCUCGGACGGCGCGGCGGCACCGAGGAGCGGACGGCGGGCGCCUAGUGAGCAAUGGCCUGAGCCCCCAUGGCUGCCCCUCAGGACCUGGACAUCGCUGUGUGGCUGGCCGCGGUGCACCUGGAGCAGUAUGCAGACGCGUUCCGGCGGCAAGGCCUGGCUACAGCGGGUGCAGCCCGGGGCCUGGGCCACGAGGAGCUGAGGCAGUUGGGCAUCAGCGCCACAGGGCACCGGAAGCGCAUUCUGCGCCUGCUGCAGGCAGGCGCUGCAGAGGGCUCCCCAGAUCCCCGGCCGGACAGUGCCAUGGAGCCAUCACCCAGCCCAGCCGCCCAAGCCCAGCCCGCCAAGCCUGUGCCUAAGCCCAGGACGGUAUUCGGUGGGCUCAGUGGCUCCACCCCCACCCAGAGGCCUGGCUUGACUUCGGCCCUCUGGAGGCCAGAAGCAGCCGGGAGCGCAGAGUCCAGCCCGAAGUCCCCCUCUGUCCCCGCGUUCUCCGCUGAGCAGUCUUCAGCCUUGAACACCGUGGAGAUGAUGCCCAAUGCCAUCUACUUUGGCCUGGACCUGAGAGGCGGGGCACAGGCGGCUCAGGACACGGCUCCAGACAGCGCCCAGGCAGCUGCCCCCACCCCUGCCCUCAGGCCCGCAACAGGCACAGUGCACAUCAUGGACCCUGGCUGCCUGUACUAUGGUGUCCAGCCUGUGGGGGUCCCAGGGGCCCCCGACAGAAGAGAAGGCAGAGGUGUCUGUCAGGAAAGGGCUGAACACAGGCUCAGCAGGCAGGAUCUGGAGGCACGGGAGGACGCGGGCUAUGCCAGCCUUGAGCUGCCCGGGGCUGCUCCCCUCUCGCUGCCCGCCCUGGACACGGACCCCAGUGAUGACCUCAUUUCACCCUAUGCCAGCUUCUCCUCCACGGCAGACCGCCCCAUGCCCCUGCUCAGCGGCUGGCUAGACAAGCUCUCCCCUCAAGGAAACUACGUCUUCCAGAGGCGCUUCGUGCAGUUCAAUGGGAGGAGUCUGAUGUACUUUGGCAGCGAUAAGGACCCCUUCCCCAAGGGAGUGAUCCCUCUGACUGCCAUCGAGAUGACCCGCAGCAGCAAGGACAACAAGUUCCAGGUCAUCACCGGCCAGAGGGUGUUUGUGUUCCGCACAGAGAGUGAGGCUCAGCGGGACACAUGGUGCUCCACGCUGCAGUCCUGCCUGAAGGAGCAGCGCCUCCUGGGCCACCCCCGGUCCCCACAGCCGCCCCGACCGCUCCGCACGGGCAUGCUGGAGCUGCGGGGACACAAGGCCAAGGUGUUUGCUGCGCUGAGCCCCGGAGAACUGGCGCUGUACAAGAGCGAGCAGGCCUUCUCUCUGGGCAUCGGGAUCUGCUUCAUUGAACUGCAAGGCUGCAGCGUCCGGGAGACCAAGAGCCGCAGCUUCGACCUGCUCACGCCGCAUCGCUGCUUCAGCUUCACAGCCGAGUCUGGGGGUGCUCGGCAGAGCUGGGCGGCCGCUCUGCAGGAAGCAGUAACCGAGACCCUGUCUGACUACGAGGUGGCUGAGAAGAUCUGGUCCAAUCGCGCCAACCGGCACUGUGCCGACUGCGGGGCCUCGCGCCCCGACUGGGCCGCUGUCAACCUGGGCGUGGUCAUCUGCAAGCAGUGCGCGGGUCAGCACCGGGCCCUGGGUUCCGGGAUCUCCAAGGUGCAGAGCCUGAAGCUGGACACGAGCGUCUGGAGCAAUGAGAUAGUGCAGGUGAGGGGGCAGAAGGGGGAGAAGGUGGGGGAAGGGGAUCGGGAGCAGAGCCAGAAGAAGCCCUUGGCUCCAGCCUGGGGACGGGAUUGGAAUGUCAGGGGACUCUUGAGUUCCUGUCCCUUGCCUCUGCCCCUUGUCACCCUACAGUUGUUCAUUGUCCUGGGCAAUGAUCGUGCCAACCGCUUCUGGGCAGGGGCACUGCCCGCAGGUGAGGGGCUGCAUCCAGAUAGCACCCCCGGCUCCCGGGGAGAGUUCAUCUCCCGGAAGUACCGGCUUGGGCUCUUCCGGAAGCCCCACCCCCAGCACCCCGAUCACAGCCAGCUUCUGCAGGCGCUGUGUGCAGCCGUGGCAGGACCCAACCUGCUAAAGAACAUGACCCAGCUUCUCUGCGUCGAGGCUUUUGAGGGAGAGGAGUCCUGGUCCCCCUCAGCCCUCGACGGCAGCUUCCCUGGUGUCCUGUCCUCAGACCCCUCCCCUGGUGUGUACAAUGAGGUGGUCGUGCCUGCCACCUACAGCAGCUUCCUGUACUGCAGUCCCAUCAGCAAUAAAGCUGGCCCCCCACCCCCUCGCAGGGGACGGGACGCUCCCCCCCGACUGUGGUGCGUGCUGGGUGCAGCGCUGGAGAUGUUUGUCUCCGAAAGCAGCCCUGAACCCCUCAGCCUCAUCCAGCCCCAGGAUGUCGUAUGUCUGGGUGUGAGCCCUCCACCCACGGACCCAGGUGACCUCGACAGGUUCCCCUUUGCCUUUGAGCUCAUUCUCACGGGCGGGAGGAUCCAGCAUUUUGGUACCGAUGGAGCCGACAGUCUGGAGGCCUGGACCAGUGCCGUGGGCAAGUGGUUCUCGCCGCUGAGCUGUCACCAGCUGUUGGGCCCUGGGCUGCUGCGGCUGGGCCGUCUGUGGCUGCGGUCCCCUUCCCAUACCGCCCUGGCCCCUGGCCUCUGGCUGGCUGGCUUCGGACUUCUGCGUGGAGACCACCUCUUCCUGUGUCCAGCACCAGGCCCCGGCCCCCCAGCCCCCGAAGACAUGGUGCAUCUGCGGCGGCUCCAGGAGAUCAGUGUGGUCUCAGCAGCUGACACCCCAGAGAAGAAAGAGCAUCUGGUUCUGGUGGAGACUGGAAGGACCCUGUAUCUGCAGGCAGAGGGCCGACUAGACUUCUCCGCAUGGAGCGCAGCCAUUGGCGGGGCAGCCGGUGGCGGAGGCACGGGGCUGCAGGAGCAGCAGAUGAGCCGGGGCGACAUCCCCAUCAUCGUGGACGCCUGCAUCAGCUUUGUCACUCAGCACGGGCUCCGGCUGGAGGGCGUAUACCGGAAAGGGGGUGCCCGCGCCCGCAGCCUGCGGCUCCUGGCUGAGUUCCGGCGGGAUGCCCGGUCCGUGAAGCUCCGACCAGGGGAGCACUUCGUGGAGGAUGUCACCGACACGCUCAAACGCUUCUUUCGAGAGCUCGAUGACCCUGUGACCUCCGCACGGUUGUUGCCCCGCUGGAGGGAGGCUGCUGAGCUGCCCCAGAAGCAUCAGCGCCUGGAGAAAUACAAAGAAGUGAUUGGCUCUCUGCCCCGGGUCAACCGCCGCACACUGGCCACCCUCAUUGGGCACCUCUAUCGGGUGCAGAAGUGUGCGGCUCUCAACCAGAUGUGCACGCGGAACCUGGCCCUGCUGUUUGCACCCAGCAUCUUCCAGACGGACGGGCGGGGGGAGCACGAGGUGCGGGUCCUGCAGGAACUCAUCGACGGCUACAUCUCUGUCUUUGAUAUCGACCCUGACCAGGUAGCUCAGAUUGACUUGGAGGUCAGCCUCAUCACCACGUGGAAGGAUGUGCAGCUGUCCCAGGCCGGGGACCUCAUCAUGGAGGUGUUUAUAGAGCAGCAGCUCCCGGACAACUGUGUCACCCUCAAGGUGUCCCCGACACUGACCGCCGAGGAGCUGACCAACCAGGUACUGGAGAUUCGGGGCACGGCAGCCGGGACAGACUUGUGGGUGACGUUUGAGAUUCGGGAGCACGGGGAGCUGGAGCGGCCCCUGCACCCCAAGGAGAGAGUCCUAGAGCAGGCCCUACAGUGGUGCCAGCUCCCAGAGCCCUGCUCGGCCUCCUUGCUGCUGAGAAAAGUCUCCCUGGCUCAGGCCGGCUGCCUCUUCACAGGUGAGCCCCCUUCCUCAGCCCUCAGCCCCCUGCCCAGGCCUCGCCCAGGGACCCCGCACCCAGCACCUAGCCCUGCCCAUCUGUGCCCAGGCAUCCGGCGGGAGAGCCCUCGGGUGGGGCUGCUGCGGUGUCGAGAGGAGCCGCCCCGCUUGCUGGGAAACCGCUUCCAGGAGAGGUUCUUUCUGCUGCGAGGCCGCUGCCUGCUGCUGCUCAAGGAGAAGAAGAGCUCUAAGCCAGAGCGGGAGUGGCCUCUGGAAGGUGCCAAGGUCUACCUGGGAAUUCGAAAGAAGUUCAAGCCUCCCACCCCGUGGGGCUUCACGCUGAUUCUGGAGAAGAUGCACCUCCAGCUGUCCUGCACGGACGAGGAUGAGAUGUGGGACUGGACCACGAGCAUCCUUAAAGCCCAGUACGAUGACCAGCAGCCAGUGGUCUUACGACGCCGUUCCUCCUCUGACCUUGCCCGUCAGAAGUUUGGCACCAUGCCUUUGCUGCCCAUCCGCGGGGACGACAGUGGGGCCACCCUCCUCUCUGCCAAUCAGACCCUGCCGAUGAAGUCAUCCCAGGGCUCUGUGGAGGAGCAAGAGGAGCUGGAGGAGCCUGUGUACGAGGAGCCAGUGUACGAGGAAGUGGGGGCCUUCCCCGAGCUGACCGAGGACCCCUUCGCCUCCUUCUCCACCAGGCGGGAACAGACAGCCAAGCCAGAGACCCCCCUGGCCAGCCAGCGGUCCUUUGAUCAACCCUUUCUGCCCAAGGCAGGCCCCCUGGGCUGGGAGGAGAGGCGGCCUGAGCCCCCCCCAGGCCCCCCUUCAAAGAGCAGCCCCCAGGCACAGGGGUCCCUGGAGGAGCAGCUGCUCCAGGAGCUCAGCAGCCUCAUCCUGAGGAAGGGAGAGGCCACCGUGGGCCUGGGUAACCCCUCCCAGCCCUCCAGCCCCCAGCCCCCGAGCCCCAGUGGCCUCGCCACACAGACGCCUGGCUUCUCCACCCCAGCUCCCUGCACUUCCAGUCCACCCCCCGGCCAGCCCCUCACAUGACUCCGACCAGCAGUCGGAGGGGUUAGGUAACCAAGGACCCGGGCUCUCCCCGUGGCAGACGCUGCUGGGAGUGUCCUCUGCCCUGGCUGGGAAGACUCUAGAACCCAGCAAGUUGCUGCGCAGGGAGCACAGGGCCAAGGGCCUUCGAGGCUGUGACCUGCUCAGAGAGGGGCAGGUGCUGGCGCCUCUCCAGGCCUCUACUGACAUAUCUGUACCCAGUAACUGAAAGAAGGGGAGCCGUAGUGUCGGACCGGCUAUUUCUCAGAGCCGUAAGGCCUACACGGCUCCCUUCGAGAAGAGCAACUCCUGCUUUAUAUAUUUGAUAUGUCGGGGUUCUAGGAGGGAUUUGGUGUUUGAAAAGAAUGGUUUUACUGCAUUAAUGAAAAGAAAAAAGAAAGAUUUGAAAGCCAGAGAUCUGAAUGAUCUCCAGGUUUCUCCUACCCCCGCUUCAACACUCAGGACUGCAGGGAAGCCCUAGAGUGGGAGGGUGGCUAGGGUGGAGAACUGGGGCGAAGAGGAGCCAGAGAAGAUGGGUCACUGUUAAUAAACCUUGGAACCAAA